AUAGUUGUAGUUGUCUACUUUUCUUUAAAAAAUCCACCAAAUUAACCACCUUCACUCACUUGGGGAUAUGAGCGAGGGGGCUUCUUUCUAUUCCCUGUUCCGAGUACAACCAGAUAUAUUGCCUCUUUCCGUGUCUUCAGUAGCGCAUUCUGUGAAAAACCAUAUUUCUUUCUCCUGCUCUCUCCCUCGCUUUGAGCUCCCAACUUUCGCUCUUUGAAUCCACUAAGAGAAUGGGAGACGCGAAGAAGCCCAAAGCCGGUGGCGUGUGGCCCACCGUGAAGCCCUUCGUCAAUGGUGGAGCGUCUGGUAUGCUCGCCACGUGUGUCAUCCAACCCAUCGAUAUGAUCAAGGUGAGGAUUCAAUUGGGUCAGGGAUCGGCAGGCCAGGUUGCAAGGAACAUGCUCAAGGAGGAGGGUUUUGGUGCCUUUUACAAGGGGUUAUCUGCUGGACUUCUCAGACAAGCGACAUAUACCACAGCACGGCUUGGAUCAUUCAAGAUUUUAACGAACAAAGCAAUUGAGGCUAAUGAUGGGAAGCCCCUACCUCUAUAUCAGAAAGCUUUGUGUGGGCUUACUGCUGGUGCUAUUGGAGCAUGUGUUGGUAGUCCAGCAGAUCUAGCACUUAUCCGUAUGCAGGCUGAUGCCACUUUGCCUGAAGCCCAGCGCCGGCAUUACAAAAAUGCCUUCCAUGCACUUUCUCGUAUUGUUGCGGAUGAGGGAGUUUUGGCACUUUGGAAAGGUGCAGGCCCUACUGUAGUGAGAGCAAUGGCAUUGAACAUGGGAAUGCUUGCCUCAUAUGACCAAAGUGUUGAGUUUUUCAGGGAUUCCCUUGGUUUUGGUGAAGCUUCCACAAUAUUAGGUGCUAGUACCGUAUCAGGUUUCUUUGCUGCAGCUUGCAGUUUACCCUUUGAUUAUGUCAAAACCCAGAUUCAGAAGAUGCAACCUGAUGCUGAGGGGAAGCUUCCUUACUCUGGCUCUUUAGAUUGUACAAUGAAAACCUUGAAAACUGGAGGGCCUCUCAAGUUUUACACUGGGUUUCCAGUCUAUUGUGUUAGAAUUGCUCCCCAUGUCAUGCUGACUUGGAUUUUCCUCAACCAGAUCCAAAAGCUGGAGAAAUCCGCAGGGUUGUAGUUUCUCAGCUCGGCUGGAGAUUUUAAUAAUGUAAUUUUCUGCCGCAUUGUUUUGGCUUAUUUGACAGUUUGACACCCUUGAUCGAAGUCGAACCAAAUAUUUAUUUUGAAAAUAUCGGUUGAAUUGAAGUAGGAUUCCACAACGUGAUAUUUCCCUUUGCCAUGCAUGCAACUCCGAGUCUUUUCACUUGGAAAUUUUGAGAUGAAAUGUGAAAGUAAAAUAAAAUGCUACUACAGAAACAGCAUUUACGGCUGGCUGAUCAAUUUUUAUA